AUGGCUCAAAUCCAGAAGUACGGACCAUAUGGUGACAAGGAAGCUGUACAAAACUUCUCGUUGAUGCUCCAAGGAUCUGAUAGAAUCACAGAAAUCAAGCUCCAAAUUGGAGAAUACAUAACUGGAAUAAGUGGGUUUGCUAAGGAUUCCUUCAUAUCCCAAAUGAAGAUCCAUACUACUUUGCAUCCUCGUGGACACGGGCCGUAUGGAACUGAUCAGCUUAAGGGAGGCUACGAAUUCAAAUCACCAAUGCCGGUACCUCAAAAUGACCGUAUUGUUGGAUUCUUUGGAACUGCUCAUGACAACCUUGUUUCCGUUGGAGUCUAUGCUGAAAAGCAAAGUCAGACUGUUGAGAAACUCGGGCCUUUUGGCUAUCAGACAGGACAUCAAUGGUCUAUAUUGCUUGAACCUUCGGAAAAUUUGAGAGAGAUAAUCAUAAAGACUGGAGCAAUUGUUGAUUCAUUCACGUUUGUCACAACAAAGACUCGUCAAAAGUUUGGUGGUGAUGGUGGAAACGCUGAACACAAGAUUACACUCCAAUCUGGCGAGUUUAUAACAAAUGUAAGUGGGUGGAUCGGAGAAUGGCAAGGAAAUCGUUGCUUGACAAAGCUUAAGUUACAUACUAAUUUGCGUGUGGAUGGCUACGGACCAUUUGGAGGUGGACCGUACACCAACUAUUUGUCCGAAUUUCGCUCACAAGUACCAUCAGGUGGUCGUGUUGUUGGAUUCUUCGGAACUAUACACAACAACUAUGUUGAGUCUAUCGGACUCUAUGUCAAACAGUAAUCAAUCAUCAAUCAGGACUGCUAAUGCCCUCAAUCUCUUGAUGAGGGUGUUGUACAACGAACUCUCUCGUUACUAUAAUAUAAUGCAAUUAUAUUACUAUUUACUUUGUAUGUAUAAAUAAGGUCUUCCACGAUGAUCUAUAAUAUAUGUGCCGUGGAAUUUCUUUGUUUUCAAUAAGCCACAUAUCAUGUAUACUAUAAAAGUAUAAAGUGGCCUACUUUGUAUUAUCUUUUAUCUCUUCAGUGGUUACGUAUACUAAUAAAUAUUUCGUAUUAUCUU